AAAUUUAUUGGGAAUAUCGAUACAAUUGUAUGCAUAUUUUUAGGUGAUUCACCCACACGAGGCAUUUUGAAAAAUGGUAAAAGUGCGCCACAGGAAAAGAAGAAACACCUAGAAGGAGAGAUAAUGAACGAGGAAAGGGUACCCGAUAUGCAACUAGGAAAAUGUCGAUACGUUCGACUGCACGACAAUGUGAACUAUGUCGCGGCUGGCAUCAUUCUCCGAGGAGAAGGCCCCAAGACGGAGGUGCUGCUCAUUCAGGAGGCAAAGAAAACGUGUUACGGCAAAUGGUAUAUGCCCGCGGGCCGGGUGGAAGCCGGUGAAACACUUGAGAAUGCUGUAAAACGAGAAGUUCGAGAAGAGUCUGGGUACGAGUGUGAUGUUAUCGAGCUAUUAUCUUUAGAGGUUCAAGGCAGUGGUUGGUAUCGAUUUUCGUUCUUCUGCCAAAUAGCAAGUGGUGAAUUGAAAACAAAACCGAAUCAAGAGUCGCUAGGUGCUCAGUGGUGGUUAGUCGACGAUGUACUGGCUAAAAAACUAAGCUUAAGGGUCAAGGAUUUUCUGCCUUUGAUUGAACAAGGACUGGCGUACAGAGAAGCGCUCCAUACGGACCUUCCGCGGAUUCUUCCGCUCAAUAUCAAUGUUCCUGGAUUGUUUAUAGAGUUUAUGAUUGUACGCCACAGUUUAGACGAAUCUCGAACAGAAGUCCUUGUUCACAAAUCCAUCAAAGAUGAAAAUAUGCUUAUCGAACACGAGCAGCCCUUCCCUACUGUUGAAUUUGGCUUCGAGUACUUCUUUGCGAUGGUUGUAUCGAAAGUCUAUAGGCAUCUUCUUGAAGAGGGAGGCAAUGUCGUGUUUGCGCCGUCGCACGUCGUUCGAAUCAAGUGUCAUCCCAAUCCACUACAAUCUUUAGCCCAUGGUAUUUCGGUCCGGUUAUACUGCCAACACAAGAAAAGUGCUACAAAAGCAGUGAUACGAAGUCCUCGGUACCAUUGGAUACCGGUUGAGAGCAAAUCGAUACGCGAACAAUUGUACAUGGAGAAGAAUCAAUAUCGUCCAACUUUAAGGAUGAUCUAG